CCCCGCUGCAGGGCUCCGGCCUCCAGUGCGCGGGCGACCACGCCGUCUGCCGCCAUGAACUUCAGGGAGCUGGUGAUGAGCCGAGUCGUGCCGGGACAGUUCGAUGACGCCGACUCCUCCGACAGUGAACCUACAGCAGCAGGAGGAACAACCGAGGAGGGAGACAUAGGUGAAAACCAGGACUGGAAUUUGAAUGAGGGUGAGGGAGAUGAAAUCGAUCAUGGAGAAGAUGAUGACUUUGAUGAUGAAGACUGGGAUUGGGAUGAUGCAGUUGGAAAACUCACCAAGGGCUGUGCUUCAACUGGAGGGAGUAACCCACAGGCAAAUCGGCAGACUUCCAGUUACAAUUCAGCCAAAAUGUCCACUCCAGCUGAUAAGGCCUUGAGGAAAUUUGAGAACAGAAUCAAUCUCGACAAGUUAAACCUUGCAGACUCAGUCAUCAACAAAGUCACGGAAAAGUCGAGACAAAAGGAGGCAGAUAUGUACCGAGUCAAAGAUAAGGCAGACCGAGCAACUGUAGAACAGGUACUGGAUCCAAGAACUCGAAUGAUUCUGUUCAAGAUGUUGACUAGAGGUGUCAUCUCAGAAAUAAAUGGCUGCAUCAGCACAGGAAAAGAGGCUAAUGUAUACCAUGCUAGUACUACAACUGGAGAAAGCAGAGCAAUCAAAAUUUAUAAGACUUCAAUUUUAAUGUUUAAAGAUCGGGAUAAGUAUGUGAGUGGGGAAUUCAGGUUUCGUCACGGCUAUUGUAAAGGAAACCCCAGAAAAAUGGUGAGAACCUGGGCUGAAAAGGAGAUGAGGAAUUUAAUAAGAUUGAACACAGCAAAGAUCCCUUGCCCAGAACCUGUUAUGCUAAGAAGUCAUGUUCUUGUCAUGGGUUUCAUUGGUAAAGAAAACAUGCCUGCUCCACUCUUGAAAAAUGUCCAGCUAUCAGAAUCCAAAGCUCGGGAGUUAUACUUGCUGGUUAUUCAGUACAUGAGAAGAAUGUACCAGGAUGCCAGGCUUGUCCAUGCCGAUCUCAGUGAAUUUAACAUGCUGUACCAUAAUGGAGAGGUCUACAUCAUUGAUGUGUCCCAGUCGGUGGAACACGACCAUCCACAUGCCUUGGAGUUCUUGAGGAAAGACUGUACAAACGUCAAUGAUUUUUUUCUGAAACAUGAUGUUGCUGUGAUGACUGUGCGAGAGCUCUUUGAGUUUGUUACUGACCCCUCUAUUACGGAGGACAACUUGGAUGCUUACCUUUCUAAGGCGAUGGAAGUAGCAGCCCAUAGAACAGAGGAAGAGCGAUCCAGCCAAGAUUAUGUGGAUGAAGAAGUGUUUAAGAGAGCUUACAUUCCUAGAACUUUGAAUGAAGUUAAAAAUUAUGAGAGGGAUGUGGACAUAAUGAUGAAGUUGAAGGAAGAAGACAUGGCCUUGAAUGUGCAACAGGACAAUAUUCUGUAUCAAACUGUGACUGGAUUGAAGAAAGAUUUGUCAGGUGUUCAGAAGGUCCCUGCACUCCUAGAAAAGCCAGGGAAGGAAGAGGUGGAUUCUCAUUCAGAAGAUGACGACAGCUCCGAUUCCUCUGAUUCAGACUUCGAAAAACUUGGAGAUCAACCCCAUCUUAGGAAUCACUCUACCAACCCUGAAAUGGACAAAAAGGAAAGAAAGAAGAUGGUCAAAGAAGCCCAAAGAGAAAAGAGGAAAAAUAAAACCCCCAAGCAUGUGAAAAAACGCAAAGAGAAGAUAGCCAAAAUGAAGAAAGGCAAAUAGAAUCCACUGAUGCAUGCUAGGGUUUUUUAAUUAAACUGAUAUUUAUGUACAGUACUCACUAACUGCAAUAUUAAUAUUUUUGGGGAAAGUAUUGUAUUAAAUGAAUAUGUCCC